GUGGGGUGGGGGGAGGACAGGAGGGGAGGAGGAGGGAGGGGGGACCCCCGAGUCGCCCCCUCUCCUCCCCCCGCCCCCCCAGCUCCAUCCUCCGCCGCCGCCCCAGCAGCUGCGGGGCCGCCGCCGCCGCCUUUGCAGGCUGAGUCAUCACUAGAGAGUGGGAAGGGCAGCAGCAGCAGAGAAUCCAAACCCCAAAGCUGAUAUCACAAAGUACCAUUUCUCCAAAUUGGGGGCUUAGAGAGGAGCCACCAUGAGCGAUGUUACCAUUGUGAAAGAAGGUUGGGUUCAGAAGAGGGGAGAAUAUAUAAAAAACUGGAGACCAAGAUAUUUCCUUUUGAAGACAGAUGGCUCAUUCAUAGGAUAUAAAGAGAAACCUCAAGAUGUGGAUUUACCUUAUCCCCUCAACAACUUUUCAGUGGCAAAAUGCCAGUUAAUGAAAACAGAACGACCAAAGCCAAAUACAUUUAUUAUCAGAUGUCUCCAGUGGACCACUGUUAUAGAGAGAACAUUUCAUGUAGAUACUCCAGAGGAAAGAGAAGAGUGGACAGAAGCUAUUCAGGCUGUAGCAGACAGACUUCAGAGGCAAGAAGAGGAGAGAAUGAAUUGUAGUCCAACUUCACAAAUUGACAAUAUAGGCGAGGAAGAAAUGGAUGCUUCUACAACACAUCAUAAAAGAAAGACAAUGAAUGAUUUUGACUAUUUGAAACUACUAGGUAAAGGCACUUUUGGGAAAGUUAUUUUGGUUCGAGAAAAGGCAAGUGGGAAAUACUAUGCUAUGAAGAUUCUGAAGAAAGAAGUUAUAAUUGCAAAGGAUGAAGUGGCACAUACUCUAACUGAAAGCAGAGUGUUAAAGAACACUAGACAUCCCUUUUUAACAUCCUUGAAAUAUUCCUUCCAGACAAAAGACCGUUUGUGUUUUGUGAUGGAAUAUGUUAAUGGGGGAGAGCUGUUUUUCCAUUUGUCGAGAGAGCGGGUGUUCUCUGAGGACCGCACACGUUUCUACGGUGCAGAAAUUGUCUCUGCCUUGGACUAUCUACAUUCUGGAAAGAUUGUGUACCGUGAUCUCAAGUUGGAGAAUCUGAUGCUGGAUAAAGAUGGCCACAUAAAAAUUACUGAUUUUGGACUUUGCAAAGAAGGGAUUACAGAUGCAGCUACCAUGAAGACAUUUUGUGGUACCCCAGAAUAUUUAGCACCAGAGGUAUUAGAAGACAAUGACUAUGGCCGAGCCGUGGAUUGGUGGGGCCUAGGAGUUGUCAUGUAUGAAAUGAUGUGUGGAAGGUUACCUUUCUACAACCAGGACCAUGAGAAACUUUUUGAACUAAUACUAAUGGAAGACAUUAAAUUUCCUCGAACACUGUCAUCAGAUGCAAAAUCAUUGCUUUCAGGGCUCUUGAUAAAGGAUCCAAAUAAACGCCUUGGUGGAGGACCAGAUGAUGCAAAAGAAAUUAUGAGACACAGUUUCUUUUCUGGAGUAAACUGGCAAGAUGUGUAUGAUAAAAAGCUAGUACCUCCUUUUAAGCCUCAAGUAACAUCUGAGACAGAUACAAGAUAUUUUGAUGAAGAAUUUACAGCUCAGACUAUUACAAUAACACCACCUGAAAAAUAUGAUGAGGACGGUAUGGACUGCGUGGACAAUGAGAGGCGGCCGCACUUCCCUCAGUUUUCCUACUCUGCAAGUGGACGAGAAUAAGUCUCUUUCAUUCUGCUACUUCUCUGUCAUCUUAGAUUUAUUAUUGAAAAUGAUUCCUGGACAUCACAACAGUCCUUGCUCUUACAAAUAGCAGGAGCACCUUCAGACAUCCAGACCAAUCAAAGGUCUUCACACCUCACCACCUUUCACCCACAUGAGAACACACAUAUACGCAGACACACUCGACUUUGUUUUUGCAUGAAAAUUGUAUCUCAAUCUAAGGUCUCAUGCUGUUGCUGCUACUGUCUUAUUAUAUAGCAACUUCAAGAGGUGACUUUACAAUCUUUGGAAGUCAUGAGCCCACCAUUGUUCAUAUGUGCAUCGAUUUGUCAUCUUUGAUCUUUAGUUGUCAUUUCCCCCUAACAGUGAAGGCUAAAUGAGAUACACUGAUUCUAGGUACAUUAAAAACAAAUGAACAAACAAAAAACUUUCUAGAUGAUAAAUCAAAACUAAUUAUACUAAGAAGAUUGAGGUUGUCAUUCAGCACAGGCAAUUAUGAAAGGGUGGUGAUGUGCAUAUGUAAAACUUUAGCGAUGCCUAAAGUAAGUGUUUAUUGGGUAUUUGAGAGAAAGACCUAAGACAGACAGAUGUUGGCACUCCUGUUAGACACUGCAGAGGUAGCCCAGUGUUAGCUGAGGAUGUCCACAGUCAUGGGCAGUCAUGAGCAAAGGAGCGCUAUUCUGCCGUGAAAGGACGCAUAUGCACAGCAGAGUCAAAGUCACUUACAGAGUCUUAUAAAACUGUUUGUACCAGAGAGCGUUUUUCUCCCUAUGCUUGGAAAUCCUUUUUCCUUCUUGAUAUUUAUCACCUCUGAUGGCUGAAGAAUGUAGACAGGUUUAAUGAUCCUGCUUUUCACCAAAAUGUGUAACCAUAGUAAACAGGUGUUUACCUUCUUUGUUUUAAUUUUUCACUUUCACUUUUACGUGAAUUAGCUUUUCCUCAGAUGUUAAAACUUUGAAUGUUCUUUUAUGAUUUUUGUUUAUAUUGCAGUAGUAUUUAUUUUUUAGUAAUGAGAAGUAUAUGUUCUGUUAGCAAAUGCAGCUCCAACUUACAUAAAAUAGACUUACUGCAGUUCAUUUGACCCAUGUGCAGGGAAUGUACAUGCUGAAAAAAACCAUGCACUUUUCUCCUGUGUGGGGAAAAAAAAUGGUGAAGCUCUGAAAUUGUACAUGUUGGCUAGAAUUUGACUUUGGAAGAAGAGAUGCCAUCAUUUAACCCCUUGGUGCUAAAAAUGAGAAGUCCCCAGUUGUCAAUGCUAAGGGGUAAUUGAAACAAAUGGAUACUGACAUUUGCUCAUUUGAGAAUUGAAAUGGUAUGGUGGCCUAGUGAAUGAUGGUAAGAAAUGAACUUGGCAAAAUGAGCACAUCUCAAGUGUUUAUGAAGUAGGCAGUCAAGGAUAAGGACCUGAUAUGUUUAUUCUGAUCAUGGUACAUUUAUCACUGAAUUAAGCCAUCGGGGAAAAAAAUGAAACAAAGCAAAACAAAAAGAACACCUCCAGCUUUUCUUUUCCUCUAUAUCCUCAUGUCCCCAAAUUCCAAUAUUUCUCACUGAAAAGGGGACAUGUAUGCAAACCUCGUCUUUCUCCUUCAUUAAUGAUGAUCUUCAGAUUAAACCCUUUUGGUGCUAGGAGCUGAAGUUUUUCCAAAGCAGCCUAUGAAGUCCAAGGGGCUGGGGGUCCUUCUGGUGGCAACCAAGAUCCAGCUCCAUGGAAUGAUCAUGGAAAUGUAUUCUAGUUUAACUAUCUGACAGCUCCCCAAUGGAAGACUACAGCAUGAUGUAGUAUUAUGAUUGCAUUGUAUGAAAGAGCCAGUGACUUUCUGAGUAGGAUGAAUCAUAUUCAUAUGCAGAUGUCUUAGCUUCUUGAUGCUGGAAACAUGGAUUAUAGAUAUGAAACCACUGCUGGCGGUGGGGGGGGCCACUGGGACUGCAGGGGGGUUAAAGGGCAUUUUACUAAGGCAGCUAAGACAUAUUCAGACAUAGAUUUUAUCCUAAUUUUUCAUAUUUCUACCUGAGUGAAGUUCAUCCUUAGUACUGAGUAGGAAGUUACAGUAAGUGAUAGUUCAUUCUUCCUUACACACAUAAUAACAACUUUUUUUUUUCCACUGGGAAUUAUGUUGAAUGUUUCACUUUGAGAAAGUAGACUAGAGGGUAUGUCCUGUAAGUUGUCUUGCAUUCAUUAUAUCAAAAAACAAAAAAGAAGAAAGGAAGGAAGAAAAGAGAAGAAACUGGGACUGGUUUAUAUUAAGAACAUUUUGUUCCUUCAGAGAGGAAGUGUGACACCCUAUGCUAAUCAUAUGAUAGCUUUUGUUUUCUCUUUCAGAUCUUAAGGUGAUUUCCAUGACCUUAGCCAAGAACACUUUCUAAAGGUUAAUGACUGUGUUGACAGUGUCCCGGGCUGGCCACUCCUCAUAGUCCCCAGCCAAUGCCUGGGGCCCAGUCGCUUACCCCUCCAAUUCCGUUAGUGUCACUCAAGGUGUUUUCUUGGCUUUGAUUUUGAGAAUCCCUUACUUAUACUUCCAGAUCUCAAUAAACUGGCCUGGACUGAUAAUAGAAAGGCAGAAGUGUGUGUAUAGGAGAUUUCUAAAGCUUUCCUUUGAUCUGCCCAUAGCUGUAGUUUUGGAUUCUGGCAGAUGGAAAGGCCUGAGACCUGAAAUCAUUCUGUCAGAAUAUAUACAGUUCAGAUGUUGUAGAUUCCAUCUUGUACUUUCAUGACGUUUGCCUUCUUGUUCUAAUGCAGCCAUCUUGGAAGAAAUGGGCCAUUUUUUGCAUGGAUUUUUGGCAGGAUUGCUCACAGCCUUGCUUUCUACACUAACUACAUAGCAUUAUUCCAGUAUUUUCCAUCUCCCAUACCUGAUUUCUGGCUUCUUAAGCUGACUGUUCUUGCAGGGGCCACUUGCUUCUCCUAGAGUACAGAAAAGUGAGGGCCUUCCUUACUAACUGCAGGGUCUCUAUAUUACACCUCAGUGUACACACUUUGCUGCUACUGUUUGUACUGUCUACAGUAGAAUUUCCUUAUCUUGCUCCUGAUAGUGCAUUACAGGCAAGCAUGAAAUGUAUUUAUUUAAAUAAAAAGAAAACCUCUAAAUUGGUAAUUGAAUUACCUCCCUGUAGCUUUAUAGAUUGUGAAAUUUCUUGACCUUGCUAGUUCUUUCAUUAGAUCCGUGCAAGAUCUAGUCAUCUGGUUAAAGAUUUUAAGCAGAUGCAACUAUGAACCCAAGAAACUGUAUUACUAUUACUGUUGGUCAUACUAAAACUGUUUAUUUCCUUAAGUAUAUGACCCACAAGGAUGUGAAAUAACCACAAGGAACUGUUUUUGUACACUGUACAUCCUUAGUAUUUUUACACGUAUAUGAGAGGGAUGCACAUUAUUUUCCUUCGUACAGACAGCUUAAAUAAAGCACUAUGUCAAUCUGCUACUUCUCUGUUUAUUGUUGUUGGACGUGGUUCUGUAGUAUUGAAAAAAAUUAAAUGAUCUUUUCUGAAAAAAAAAAAAGAUUUUAAUAGCUCCACCUGAUAUUAACCUAUAGAAUGUGGCAGGAAAAUAAUGUAAAUUUCUUGUAUCUUAAGACACAUGUGGGGUUUAUUACUUCAAUCAAAUGGCAAUAGUGCAGUUGUACUAACUUUAUGAAGAGCUACUUCCAAAAGGGAAAUGCCAGCCUCAGCCCUGGGUUUAAGACAGAUCUGCUGUGAAACCAGGAAUGGAAUAGAUCUCCUUCAAGAUUUUGUUGAGACCCAAAACCAAAGGGUUUUAACACCUGAUUCUUAAGGAGUGUAGCUCAUUAGUAAUGUCUUCCUGAUAAUGUGUUGCUCUGUAUACUUCCUUUCUUACACUAUAUUUUUAAAGCUUCAUAGCAAAUUAACAGGCUUAGAUGUGGUAAUAGUUAGGUAGGCUGGUUGGACUACAAUCUGAUUUACCUAGAAUCUUUUUGGAUGGGGCCUUUUUCUGAUUUUACCUCAUAAACCUACUAUUGUAGAAACUUGGCUUUGCUCCUGUGACUAAGCCAGAUAGAGGAGUGGCUCUGGACCAAAGUUAGUCACGCAUGUAUGUGUAUGUAACACAGCCAAAUUGGAGGGCAUUCGUAUAUGUGCUCUUCUCAAAACCACUGGGAUUGACAGAUCCAGGAGGCUAAAAUUCAAGUGACCUCUAUAAUUCUUUAAAGGUGCUAUUUUUAGAAUACUGUAUAAUUUAUUUACUGUAUUCUUAAAACAGAAUUAGGGACAAUUAACAUAUCUUAUGUGACAGCCUUUAUGUCUAGCACAUUUGAUGAAAUCAAAACCUUCUGAGAUCUUACGAGCAGUUCUACUGUUUCAGACUUGAACUUUUUCCAUGCUUAAGAGACUGGAAUGGUCUUUGCAUGUGUAUCAUCCCACCGCCUCCAAAGCUUAAUCCACCUCCAUUCUGAGAGGCCAUGAUGAUGAUGAUGAUGAUGAUGAUGAUGAUGAUGAUGAUGAUGGAUUACUGGCCAGAGAGAGCCUCCUAUGGUCAGGGAUGUGUCCCAACUGCAGUCUUGCCUAAUGUUUUGCUGUCAUCCUCAAAAACAACACAACAUUUUCAGUGCCCAUUUUUAUUACUUUUAAGUGUUUGAGGGCUUAACUGUGUAUAGUAGAAAUACUAUUUUAAACUAAAAUUAUGAUCUGUGUACAGAUAUUUGAUAGAACUCUUAAGUAAGUUUUGUAAUUUCACUAAAUAUGUUUUUAGGCUCCUCCUCAAAUACCGCGUAUUGAAGAAACCUGGCACCACCGAGCCAAAGAUGCUUUUUUUUUUUCCUAGUCUGUUUCUGUUGUUAACAGAGUGGGAGGAUAGUGAUUAGUGCUUCCUGGCAUCUCCUGAUUGUGCACAAAGUAACAGGAUGGUGAUGAAUGGAGUCUUACAGGAUGGUGGUUAAGGGCAAAUAAAGGAUGAUAUAUACAUCAUAAAGAGGGAAAGAAACAUAACUUGAAUGGCAGGGGGGAAAGUCUGGUCCUUAAUACCCUUUGGCCUAAUUAAAAUAUGUGCCUUUUUGGUGUGUAUUGUUCAUCACUACAAGGUUAAAAGGAAAUACAAUUCAAAUCUUUUUUUAAAAAAAGUUCAUUUAUUUAAAUUCCUAUCUGUAACAUAGCAUACAAAUGAGCAGAUUUUCAAGCAUAACUUCAAGCCAUUUCUGAAAACAUACACCAGGAGGUCUCCUCAUCUAGUAUCAGACUUCUGCUCCAGCCCGUCCAGCUUGCAGGGACCAUUCAGCAACGAAUGUGGCAAUGACGACGCAGCCUGCUGCAGUCUGAGGUGGUGUCCGUUGGGAAGGUCGCAGUGCACUGUGGCAUAUUAAGUGCAAAUCAGAUGAAUGUAAAUAUCUCUUUGUAAAUCAUUUAUUUCACUCUGUUUCAUCCAGGUCAGCAAUCAGAUUGUGGCAUGCUGGGUAACUGGAAAAAAAUGUAAUAAAAAGUAAGUUUAAAUAGA